CCUUGGUGUCUGUAUAAAUAUAGGAGACGUACACAGAAAGCAAUAAGGUAAUUGAAUUAAGUUAUGGGUCUCUUAAGCUGCUCUAUUUCUGAAACCAUAACCCCUUCCCUCCUUUUCUUCUUCUUGUUUUGUUUCAUCGGCUUCGCUACUGCUACUUUCAACGUCACCACCCUCGCCUUUGAUGAAGGUUACAACCCUCUCUUUGGCGAUGGCAAUCUUGUUCGUUCCCCGGAUGGUCAUAGCGUCCGCCUCCUCCUCGACGUUUAUACUGGGUCGGGUUUUAUUUCGUCUCGUAUGUAUCAACAUGGAUUUUUCAGUGCCAAAAUCAAAUUACCAUCAGACUAUACUGCUGGAAUAGUCGUUGCCUUCUAUACAUCAAACGGUGACGUAUUCGAGAAAAACCACGAUGAAUUAGACAUCGAGUUUUUAGGAAAUAUUGAAGGUAAACCAUGGAGAUUCCAGACAAAUGUGUAUGGGAAUGGCAGCACGAACCGAGGCCGAGAGGAACGCUAUAACCUUUGGUUUGAUCCAUCAAAAGAAUUCCAUAGAUACAGCAUUUUAUGGACAGCCAAGAACAUCAUAUUUUAUGUCGAUGAAGUUCCGAUUAGGGAAGUGGUACGCAAUGAUGCAAUGGGUGGAGACUACCCAUCAAAGCCAAUGUCUUUGUAUGCAACAAUUUGGGAUGCCUCUAGCUGGGCCACCAACGGAGGAAAAUAUAAAGUUAAUUACGAAUAUGCCCCUUUCACUUCCGAGUUUAAAGACCUAGUCCUUGACGGUUGCGCCAUCGAUCCCAUCCAGAAAUUCCCCAACUCCACUGCCUGCUCCGAGACAGAUACCUGGCUCGAGAGCCGUGACUACGCCGUCAUAACACCGAAAAGCCGAUCCGCCAUGCGAAGAUUCAGGCAGCGUUACAUGUACUAUUCAUAUUGUUAUGACAAUGUGCGUUACCCUAUAACACCUCCCGAGUGCGCAGUUGAUUCAAACGAAAAACAAAGGUUCCGUAACACCGGGAGGUUGAGAUUCGGUGGAAGCCAUAGGAAGCAAGCGAGGAUGGAAAGAGCACGCCGAAAGAGAAGGUCACGGGCUGCUGCCGUCUCCGAUGAUCAAACCGAUAUGUGAACAUACCAUUGAGUUUGUAAAUUAAAAAUGUCAUUGUCUCAAAAUCAUUUUUUUUCAAUCUUAUUUAUUUCAUACAUAUAUAUAUGUUAAAUAAUUGGGUUUGGCA